UCCUAGAGCGCUGGGAUUACCUUGAGAGCCACCAAGCCUGGCUUCCAGUGGUUCUAACCUAGCUGCUGGACUUUGAGGGGCCGUCAGACGAUUCCGUUGAGGGUGGCCCAGAAUUGGUGUGGUGGGGACUCUGGGACCCAGCAGAGAGGUGAUAGGUGGGUGGAAUGGGGCGGUCACUAAGCCAGCAACCAGCCUUCCACCCAAAGUCAAGACUCCCCACCCUGCUCCCUGCUCCCUGGCCAGGACAAAGGGCAGAGUCCUUGCGGGUAGGGCUCACGGCCACCCAACCCACGUGCGCCAGAGCCCAGCGAACUCCAGUCCGCUCCAGAUCCGUCCCAGGUUUUUCCUACGUAUCGCUGGGGUCUCCUCCAGUUGGAGUCGCCUGGAAAGCCACCCAAGUCCCUAACCUCUAGGCGCCCAGGGCUCGCGUCUACUUGGAAGUCCAGGUCGGACCUUAGGGCGACCCUGAUCCCCUAGGACCGUCCUCCCCGCCCCUCAGCGCCGCUGGGCUCCCGGCACCCUGAAUGCUCUCGGGUAAUGAAGCCAGAAGCCAAUGGUGCAGCAGCCACCUCAGCGGACCCUAAGGCUGCUCCAGAUGUGGGCCCAGUUCAGAAAACCAGCCACAGAAGACAGGAACCAAGUCCAGGUGUGAAUUUGGGCAUCGGGAUGAGGCAAGGGAGCUGAGCCAGGACCCGAGGUCAAGGCCAGAUGGCAACCUGAAGUGGAGGCUGAGCUGUCGGACUUGGUGGUAACUGUGGAAUGGGAGUCUGUCCAUCCCGACACAGGUACAGUGGCCUCCAUGGCUCUUGAGCUGCAGGAUCCCAACCACACGGCGGUGCUGGCCAAGCGCGAUGGAGGAGUAAUGAGAACGGAGGAGCAAGGCGCAAGUGAAAAGGGGUGAAGCCAAACUUGGACUCUUGGAUGUUAGGAAGGGGAACGAACCUCUCCCCAUGCCUCAUCGGACUGCUGAGACUGCCAUGGUACCGAAGCGUAGGGCGUGGAUCCAGGAGCUAGGUCCAUGGAGUGGGAUGGGGUCGCGAAGAACCCCAAAGAGUAAGCUUGGCAUGGUGAUGGAUGCCUGAAACUCCCACUCUGGGAAGCUGAGGCAGGCUUGCAAUUUCAAACCGAGCCUGGGUAAUUUAGCAACUUAGACUCUGCCCUGGGUUCAAUCUCUAGUUGUCCCCCACCCCGUCAUCCUCCCAAUCCUACUAACAGCAGAGUAACAGCUGGGGCGGGUGACAGCUUUGGGGUUUGAGGAUCCAUUUGAGAGUUUCUGAGCACAGGAGAAUGAAAGCGGGGACCAGGAAAGAGGAGUGGGAGCAGUCAGAACGGGGCCAGUAGCCCUAGCAGACAGAAGAGCAGAAGAUUGGCCUGGAAGCAGAACUGGGCUGGGGGAGGAGCUGAGAGGCAAGGGGGCGUGACACAAUCCUGGGGGUGGAGCCAAGGAGAGAGGGCGGGGACCAGGUGUUGAGGAGCCUGCGUAUCUCUGGAGGUGGAAGAUGAUCUGGUGGAAACUGGCUUUGCAAUCCGAGACCCGGGUGCCCCGGCAGCAGCAGAGGCGGGGAGGGUGCCCUCUAGCGGCGGCGGUCUGCAAACGGCGCUGGAGCCGGUAGAGGCCAUUGACACUGAGAGCCACCGCGACCAGGGUAUGGCCAGGCUGUUGUGGGGCAUCUACUCUCAGCUGGUCAGGCGACAGCACCUGGGGGUCAAGGUGGCACAGCUUACCCGAGACGGCCAUCUGGACCCCCAGGAGCUGAAGAAACACCACUUAAUCACCAAGCAGGUAAGGACAAAGGAUGGCCUGGCCACUGGAGGGGCACAAAGGAGUCCAUUCUCCCACCCAGUGAAUUUUUAUUUUUUCUGGACUGGCCAUCCUCUGGCCAGGGACACUGACCUGCACCUAAUGGCAGCCACAGGCCUGGACAGCCUCGCACGUCCCCACGUGCCCACACUGUGCGUGGUGCUCGCACUGCAGCCACAACAACGGCACCGCCUCAUCUGGCACCAGCAGCACCAGGCUCUGUGCUUCACCGGCCUCAACAACUGCCAGCUCUUCCUGGCUCCCCAGCCGCAGCUGGCUUAUUUCUGCCAGGCCGGCCUGGGGCUUGAACUGGUCCAGGGUUCUACUGAACAGCAAAGGGAAGACGCUCUUUAGAUUCGUGCCUGCCCUUCCACACAUCUCCAGCCAGCCCACACCUGCCACUUCCCACCCCACAAAGUCCUAACUCCUACCCCUACCAGAUGCCCAGUACCACCUUCCCUUUUCUCCUUACCUCUGCCUACUAUCUUGUGUCUAGCACCCCCAAAUAUCCUUGCCUAAAUCCAGACCUGAACUGCUGCUUUUUUUUUCUGGGUGGGGACACUGGAUAUUGAACCCAAGGCUUUCCUACAGAGUUACAGCCCCAGCCCUUUUUAUUUUCUCUUUUUUACCUUGCUAAGUUGUCUAGACUGAGCUCUAAAUUGCUCUCCUCCUGCCUCAGCCUUCCAGGGUGCUAGGAUUACAAACUCACACUACCCAUGCCUGGCUGUGAACCGCUAGAUUUAAGGAAGCCCCUUGCACUGCUAUUUGUUAUCCAGCCUCUCCCCUUCCAAGAACUGGUCCCUUUAGAGCUCUUCUCUGGGCACUGACCUGGCCUGGGCCUAAGCACCCCCCUCUCUGGCUGCUCCUUUCUGCCCCCUCGUGGUGAAAGGGGACAGAAGCGUCCCCGCCGCCCCAAUCUGUUACUGCCCUUCGCCUGGCCCUUUCUAAAUUUUCACUGCUGACCAGCAUUCCUCUCACCACCACCCUCAGCUUUUUGUGUAUCUAGGUCGGUGUCCUCUCCCUGAUUCUGGCCCCAUCCCCCUCCUCCCUGGACUCCCCAGACUCUUAGCUCCUUUUCCUGCCCCUCUAUUCCCCCGCUACUCAGUCUCCCACGCAGGCGCACUGUGCAGUACGCACAGAGAGACCCUGUAAGUGAAAUGUUCUGAAAAUGUUCUCCCAGAUGGGCCUCUGUUUACCUCCGCGGUACUUUCCCGGAACUUUGCACGACAUUGCUACUUUCUCAAGGCCCCUUCCCUCCCACCCCAUUCACCUGGGGUUCUGGCUAGCUUUGGUGCUGGCGAGGUCAGGCCCUCAGCCGUCAGGAGACUCCUGGUUCCGACCGGGAUGCCUCUAGGGCACUGGAACUCCUGGUAUUUCUGGAUACAGCUCCUAACUCUGGAUUUUGUGUGCUUUUUGGACUUUGAGAGUCUGCUAUUUAAAUGCAAAUAGUAACCGCUGUGUUUGAACAGUGCUAUCUCCCAGCUGGAUCCCAAACUAACGUCAGAGGAAGGAAACACACUCAAAAUGUUCCAAGUGACUUCUUCUAAGUCACUCGGGCGCUAGGAGGCUAGCAAGGGCUAGAACCCGGGCAUGCCAAGCCCAGAGCAUGCCCAGAACGUCCCUCCCUGUGAUGCUUGAACUUCUUGUUAGACAAUGGACAGUUGCUAGGGAAAUGUUGACCCUAGCAACAGGAUUCUCUGGGCAUAGAAUCCAAGUGUGGGCAGAGGAGGGCACCAGGAAGGUGGGAGAAUGGUGGGCAAAGGGGACGGUUUCCCCCCUUCAUCACUUUCCCCAGCUCCGUAUUUGGGGCCACCUUCCCGGUCAUUUCCACCACGGCCCUAUCACAAUAAAAGGGAUCUUUUG